GUGUGUGAAGAUCGUCGCCAUCAAAUUAAAGAAGCAUGCAUCCAUUUGGUGGGAGAAUCUCAAACUCAGUCGAGAAAGAGAAGGCCGCAACAAAAUUAGAACUUGGGAGAAAAUGCGUUGGGAACUCACUCGUAAGUUUUUACUUGACCGUUACUACCAAGAUAAUUUUGUUAAAUUUCAUAACUUGCAGCAAAAAUCUUUGACUGUGGAAGAAUAUACUAUGGAGUUCGAACAAUUAAUGAUGAAGUGUGAUGUUUGGGAGAAGGACAAGCAAACCAUAGCUCGUUAUCUUGGAGGGUUGGACUAUGACAUUUCCAAAGUUGUUCAACUUCAACAAUAUUGGACUUUGGAUGAUGUCAUUCGGCUAGCAUUGAGGGUUGAAAAGCAAAUCUCAAAGAAGAAUAUCACUAGUGCUUCAAAACCGCGGGAUUUUGGAGCUAGCAGAGGGACUCAAGCCUCAAAAACUGCUGCUAAGACCCCUGCCAAGACUAAGAAGGAAGUCAGCUCGAGCCGGCCAGCUCAAUCUAACACUCGAAAGUGUUUCAAGUGUCAAGGAUUUGGCCACAUAGCCUCCAACUGUCCAAAUAGGAGAGUUGUCACCAUUAUCGAAGGAGAAAUUCAUGAAGCCUCAGAAGAUGAAACAGAAAAGGAGCAAAAUGAUGAAACUGAGUCACCCCAGCUUGAGGAAGAACUCAUCCCAGCUGACCAUGGAGAAUCUUUGGUUGUGUGUUGUAGUCUACAUGCUACCAUAACCAAGGAUGAAGAUUGGCUUCGACAUAACAUCUUUCACACCAGAUGCACUUCUUGAGGGAAAGUCUGCAAUGUCAUCAUUAACAGUGGAAGUUGUGAGAAUGUUGUGUCAAAUUAUAUGGUUGAGAAGCUAGGUCUUCUUGUCAAAGAUCAUCUCCAUCCAUACAAGUUACAAUGGCUACGAAAGGGAAACGAGGUAAAAGUAACCAAGCGUUGCCUUGUCUCUUUUUCUAUUGGUAACAAGUACCAAGAUGAAGUAUGGUGUGAUGUUAUUCCUAUGGAUGCUUGUCACUUGUUACUUGGUCGCCCUUGGCAAUUUGAC